AUGCACUCGCGUCGACCCGAGACCUUGAAGAUUGACAUCUCCAAGUAUAGGGGAGUCGAAGAGGACUCCCUCUUGAGAUGGUUCGUCGAAAUGGAUGACGCCAUAAGGGCGCGUCGCAUCGACGACGGGGAUAUGCAAGCUGCAUUUGCCCAGUCAAAUCUGGCAGGACGUGCCAAGACUUGGGCUUUGGGGCUCAACUUGCACGACCCAUAUGCGUUUGGGUCGUUAGAAGUCUUCAAGUCUUGGCUAAGACAAACGUUUGAACCGCCUGGAGCUGAGUCCAGAGCUCGAACUGAACUCUUGAAGCUCAAACAAGGUAAGCGUGAUGUGCACGCUUAUGCUCAACAUAUACGACCUCUCACGAGUUGUAUAAGUUCCAAUCCGGUGGAUGAACACACGUUGGUUUCGGUGUUCAUGCAGGGUCUUGCGGAUGGUCCCGUCAAGACUCGCCUGUUCCAACUUGAACUAGAUUCACUAGAACAAGCCAUUUCCAUUGCGGAACAGGAAGACUUCAGUCUGAGACAGGCUUGCGCCAGCUCGACAUCAUAUCGUCCACCGAGACGAUAUGACAGUAAAAGUCCAGAGCCGAUGGAACUCUGUUAUGUAGAGAGCGAGAAGGCUCGCUCUACAGACUACAAGAAGUUGCAGAAAUGCAACAGAUGUCAGAAGACAGGACAGUACGCUUACGAGUGUAGUGCCCCUCGUCCAGUGUCUCGCAACACUGGGCGUAAUGACCGUCCACCCAUGAGAAAGGGGCAGGGAUGCGGGUCCGCUGUUGGUGCAAAGACGCAACAACGGGGUGGACCGCCAAAAAAUGGACAGGGUCAGUAG